AUGUUCUCCUCUUUAUUUUCAACUGCACCCCCUGUCGAUCCGAAGGCCCAGAACUUAUUCCCUGUCUCGGAAAGUUCAGAUCUCCUCGGGGGGCUGGAGGCGAAGGAUCUUGAGUGGACAUGUGCAGGAGGCUUUACAGCAGAGACUCAGAUUUUUUAUCAGUUCUUACAGGAUGGAACGAUGUUGAUGUGUCAAGUGAUUCACUCGUCAAUCGGUUUGUGGUAUCCUACUAUUCAGUUCACAUGCAAGAUCUAUAACCCCACGACGAAAGAAACGAUUUGGCGUUCUGUCAAUGUUACAAACUUUACAACCGCUCCACCUGGUCUCGACAAGAGAUCUAGCAAGGCAGAUCAAUUCUCCAUCACCCACAAGCCUUCCUCGGAUGAUUCACAUGCUGAAAUGUACACCAUUCGCGCAAACCUCUCAGACAACUUGCAGAUAUCACUCGAUGUCUCACGUCCCUCUGCUGUACCCGGGUUCAAGAUUGGCAAGGGGCCAAAAGGGGGAUACUCGUACUUUGGGUCAGAUCAACAGAAACCAGAUGGCUACGUCGUCCAUCGCUUCUGGCCUCGUACUAAAGCCAGCGGUCACAUCAUCCACAAUGGCCGUGCAAUCGUUGCUGAGGGCCACGGCAUGCUCGUUCAUGCUAUCCAAGGCAUGCGUCCCGACUUACUUGCAUCGCGAUGGAAUUUCGCGCACUUCCAAAGCGACGCCCAUGACGGUGUAUCUGCAAUCCAAAUGGAAUUCAAAACUUUGGACACUCAUGGUCGCCAUGGACCUGGCUCUGGCGGAGUCGUAGUCAACGUUGGUUCAUUAGUGCUUGGUGGGAAGCUAGCUGCGGUCACAGCAGAGACUAAAUGGGCAGGCGAAGGACAGUCUAUGAAAGCUGUGAUGUCGCGUGCCCAUCACCUCAACCCUGUCCAUGAUCCGGAUACUGGCUACAUGCAGCCUACUGCGGUUGAGUUCCGAUGGGCAGGCCCAUCCCUGCUGCCUGGUGUGGAUGGUUCUGUCAAUGCAUCUGUGCAUCUUGAUGUCGGCAGUCCAUCUUCACCUAAGGGUUUAAUUGAGAAGGUGGACUUCCUUGCAGAGAUCCCGUAUGUGAUCAAGACAAUGGUCAGUUACGUUGCAGGCACAAAGCCAUAUAUUUAUCAGUGGCAAGACAAGGCCAAGCUUGUUGUGCGUGGUCCAGAUGCAAUUAUUCCCGGGCUUUCCGAAGGAUUAGAUGUAGAAGGGUUGCUAUACACAGAAGCCUCGUUCAUAUCUUAG